UAGAUGCUCUCUGAUUUCCCAUCCGCGUUAAGAAAGAACCCUGAAUCAAUGGCCUCCAGUAUGCGGGAUUCCAGGUUCUGUAUGUCCUGCGAAAAGCCAAUUUCAGGCGCCGAAUAGCGCGGUCAUCAAUUUUCUUUCGCUCCAACUUCACAUGGGUCAUGCUGUAGUGGUAAUGGUUUUGCCGCAAUCGUGCUCCUAUCCCAAUCUUGAGAGGUUGGAAUCAUCCGUCGACGAAACAUGAUCAGCGAUGAGUUCUUCCGACAGUUUGAGUUCUAAAUAUGCGGUGGCCAGGAUGGCCGAGGUCAUGUCAUCCUGUAACGAAAUGUUGUACAUGGUCCAGAAGGAGGUUUACGACGCUUCCCGCGAGAUCGAAGCCAUGAAGAAAUUUCCAGCCGUCUGUAGAACUUCAAGCACCUGUUUCGGCCGUGGUGAAAAAAUCGCGUUUCAACGAACGCCCAUGAGUAGAAGCACGAGUUUGCCAACGCCACCCGAUGCCAAAUGCGUCCGAGACCCGGUGUUGAGGCAGCUUUACGAGAAGUUGAUUGAAGUCGAGGGUGUCGGACGACACCAGUGGCUAAACGCGUUUAUGUACGUAAGCAGCUACAUGCGAGUCCCUCGUCUUUUGGCCAGAAGUGAAUUUGACCAGCCUAAAAAAUUUGUUCAACGACAGACGCUUCUUUUCGACGGUCCCUAUCCUGGGAUUAAAAACGAUUUGAUCGUCACCGAGAAAGGAGCUUCUGACGGCAGAAUUAAUGGAAAGCUUUCAGGCCACGUUAUCGAUGCUAGUCGUCCUUCGAUUUCCGUGAGAAACGUAGAACUCGAAGAGACUUCAUUGUCGCCAAAAUCUACUCCAAGAUUCGCUUGCGAUUGUCUCGGACUCGGUAAUUCUUCGCCAAGUUUUUCAUCGGAAAUCAGGAAGAGACGACUUUUAGUUAACAAGAAACUUGAACGAGGCUUUCAAAAGCGGCUCGAUUAUUGCUUGGUAUAA